CCGACCUGUGACAAGCAGCAAUACGCAACACAGCGUCUCGUCUGCCGGAAAAUCACACAAAGACGUGACUAAGAAGAAUUUCCAAGUUUGCAUUUUUAUUGUUACUGAAACCUUUAUUAACACCCUGGAUCUCAAAAUAUGACUAAUUUAACUGCACAGCGCCACAUAUUUACCCCAUGUAGUGUUUAAUUCGCGUUGGAGACAGGUUGAUACAUGUUAUCUAGGUAACGCUAGUUAGCUGCUAACGUUAGCUAACAAUGUCUAGCUGUAUGGUUUUUCACACUCAAAUAGCCUCCAUCAUGGAGGUGUUAGCGAAUGCAGCCGUGGCAGAAAUCUGUAAACUCGUAGACGACGACUAUGCAGUGUUUCGUUUGGAAAUAACUCAAAGCCAGAAAGAAAACAGGACAUUGCGGAGGAAACUACUGGAAAUGAAAGUGGCACGGGAGCGCGCAGAGAGGACAACGCGAGAGCGCGUCUUCGCCAGUCGUCCCAGUAGUGUCAAGAUCCUCGAUCGAUACAGAGGAAUGGCAAGAGGUGAAGGACAUCUCACUGGAGGCCACAGGAGCUUUGUGAAGCCAGCGGGACACAAUACAUGGAGAGAUGACCAACCGAUCACUGUUGAUGAAGGGAGUGUAACCUCAACCCAGUACUUUAUUGGGAUCGAGUCUGCAGAUAAAGAGGCUGCAGGUCCUGGGGUCAAGCUGGAGAGGUUUGAAGGAGUGGAGGACCCACUGCACAACAGAGACAUCCAAUCUGGAGCGCCCCCUGUAGCCAAUGAGGACCCCACCACCACCCCAGUGCAGUCCAGGACACAAUGCCUCAUCACGGAGGUCAGUGGAACGCCGAACUCCAUCCUCAAGUCAGAGUCAGACAUCAAGACUUUAACUGUACACACAGGAGCUGACCACAGAUCAAACCCAGAGAGACGCGGGUUUGGGAGACUGUGCUGUCCUCCUGCCCCCGGCUCAGAGUGUUUACCAGUGUUUCACCAAAGCCAGAGGACAGUUCAUUCAAGUGGUCUUGGUGAUGCAUUCGACACUGGCGGUGAUGAUCCAUCUUGUUCUUACGCCACAGAGAUGGACCCUAUCAACAUAUCCUUGGGUUUAGAGACACAGACUGAUCUGUCUAGAGGGGACUGGAACCGGUACAGUAGUAGUGUGUACUCUGAAGGGUGCCUAGAUGAGAAAGGGGAGGGUCUGAUUGUAGAUGAAGUGACUGUGAAAGUGGAGGGUGACGUUCCUCCUACAUGGAAUGCAGAUAGUCACCUAGGGGACGGAAACUCACAGGGCAGAGAUUUAUUAGAUUACAGGGGAAAUUUACAGACAAAUCUAAAUGUUGCCACCCACUCCCUUUUACACACGUUCAAGGACCACGACCCAGAGUCCACUUCGAUGGGGCCUUCCGAUUCACAUAGCCUCGUCCUUUUCGAUCAGGUAUUGAACUCAAACGACACGACUAAAGCCCAGGUUCAGGGAGGGGGAGCCACAUCAGGCAAUAGUAAAGAGAAGAGGUUCCUCUGCAUGUUCUGUAACAAAGGCUUCAGCUGCCCCCAGAAGGUGGAGAUCCACCGGAGGGUCCACACAGGGGAGAAACCAUUCAGCUGUCCCCAGUGUCACAUGCGCUUCGCCCAGGCCUGCAGCCUGAAGAGGCACCAGAGGGUCCACACAGGGGAGAAACCCUACAGCUGCCCCCAGUGUGAGAAGAGGUUCUCUCGCCAGCACCAGCUGAAGACUCACCUGAAGGUCCACACGGGAGAAAGGCCGUUUGCCUGUACACACUGCGGGAAGCGGUUCUCCGAGAGGAGCUACCUCAGGAUACACCAGCAGAAAAAACAUUCCACUCUAUAACAUGAAAAGUAACCAUUCCACUAGAUAGCUUCUGAUAUUUAGAUGAAACCCUGCAUUAAAGACAAAGAUUAAUUUAUUGUUGUCAGCAGAAAAGACCCACGGAUUCAUUUGGUAUAACGAGAGUUACAGAUUUCAGUGUUGAAUAUUCCUCAGUAGAAUAUUGCAUCCAGACAUUGUGUGAUAUAUAAUGGAUAUACAGUGGGGCAAAAAAGUAUUGUCAGCCACCAAUUGUGCAAGUUCUCCCACUUUAAAAGAUGAGGCCUGUAAUUUUCAUCAUAGGUACACUUCAAC